AUGAGCGACACGUUAGCGAUGGAACGUCUUGGAGAAGAGAGCAGUUCCACGGCUGUGAACGAUGGCCACAACCAGCCCAAGAGGUUGAUCUAUAUGAUUGGCACUCAUCAGCACUUCUGCGACAAUGCCAUCACUACCGCCAAGUAUAAUGUGCUGACAUUUGUGCCGAAGUUCCUGUUCGAGCAGUUCCACCGCUACUCAAACAUCUUCUUCCUGUUCAUAGCACUCAUGCAACAGAUCCCGAACGUGUCGCCGACCGGCAAAUACACCACCGCUUUGCCGCUCAUCUUCAUACUCAUGGUGUCGGCCAUCAAAGAGAUCUUCGAAGACAUUAAGAGACACAAAGCUGACAGAGGCGUCAACACCACUCUGGUGCUGGUGCUCAACAAAUUCACCUCUCAGUGGGAGUGGAAGUACUGGCAACAGAUCCGAGUGGGAGAUAUGGUUAAGAUCACGAACGACCAGUUCUUUCCCAGCGAUCUCUUCCUGUUGACCUCUUCAGAGCCCAACGGUAUGUGUUAUAUCGAGACCGCGAAUCUCGAUGGAGAGACCAACUUGAAGAUCAGGCACGCCCUCAAAGUGACCACUCAUUGUCUUAGUAGCGAACAGUUGGUGUCCGAGUUGUCCCUAUCGUCCAUACAAUGCGAUCAACCGAAUAGACAUUUAUACGAAUUUCAUGGGAACCUCAAGUUAGGCGAUUCGGUGCAUCCCAUGGGACCCGAGAAUGUAGUGCUUCGUGGGGCCAAACUUCGCAACACUAAUUGGAUCUUCGGGUGCGUCCUCUACACCGGACACGAGAGCAAACUCAUGAUGAACUCAUCGGUUCGCGCGCCCAUCAAGAGAUCAAACGUCGAGAAGAUCACUAACAAACAGACGAUUCUCUUGUUUGCCAUACUUUUAGUGAUUUGUGUCAUAUCUGCGACCGCGUCCUACAUAUGGAAGAAGCAAAACAAAGAGCACUGGUAUUUGGAUGGACUCGAGGACGCCCUGUCGUCGAAUUACUUCUUCGUUUUGUUGACAUUCAUUAUUCUGUACAACAAUUUGAUCCCUAUUUCACUGCAAGUGACCCUCGAAAUGGUUCGCUUCAUUCAGGCGUCGUUUAUCAACGCAGACAUCGAGAUGUACUGCGAGGAGAAGGACACCCCAGCCAUGGCCCGCACCUCCAACUUGAACGAGGAAUUGGGACAAGUGAAAUACAUAUUGUCGGACAAAACAGGAACUCUAACUCGAAAUACAGUUGUGCCCGAAGUGGACAAUAAUGAGAUGACUCCAGAGGGAAAGCCAACGAUCCGAUAUCAAGGCGCCAGUCCUGAUGAGGCGGCUCUGGUUCGCGGCGCACAAAAUAUAGGCUUUGAAUUCACGGCCAGAACUCCUGAAUGUGUUUUUAUUAAUGCUUUGGGAACUGUAGAAAAGUAUGAAAUAUUGAAUGUUCUGGACUUCACGUCUGACCGCAAAAGGAUGUCAACAAUAGUGCGGACACCCGAAGGAAAGAUCAAACUUUAUAUAAAAGGCGCCGAUUCUAUGAUUUACGACCGAUUGUCAGAAUCAUCGCUACAGGAGUUCGGAGACGUGACUGAACAGCAUCUGUCAAACUUUGCCACCGAAGGCCUCCGAACCCUUUGUUGUGCUGUUGUGGACAUCGAAGACAACAUAUAUCAAGAGUGGAAUAAAAAAUAUAUUGAGGCACAGACUAUGGAAACGGGACCCAAUGGGAUGAGUCGUGACGACUAUAUCAAUGAGAUGAUGUCCAAAGUAGAGGCUAAUCUCAAACUAAUCGGUUCGACAGCUAUUGAGGACAAACUCCAAGACGAUGUGCCCGACACUAUCGACACGUUACUCAAAGCAGGAAUACAUAUAUGGGUUCUGACGGGAGAUAAACAGGAAACGGCUAUUAAUAUCGGCCACAGCUGUAAACUAUUACAGACAGGAAUGCUUCACGUUGUCAUCGAUGACGACUCACUGGACAACACUCGUGAGUCGAUCACUGAAGCACAGAAUCAGAUCAGAUCUACACAACGAGAAGUGGCUCUUAUUGUCGACGAAUUGAGCUCUUCAUUCAUGGAAAUGGCAUUAAAGUGCAAAUCAGUCAUAUGUUGUCGCGUAUCGCCCGCACAGAAAGCAGAGAUUGUUGAGGCCGUCAAGAAGACCACCCGUUCCAUAACACUGGCCAUCGGUGACGGAGCCAAUGACGUGGCAAUGAUUAGAGCGGCCAAUGUUGGGGUGGGCAUAUCAGGACUGGAAGGCCUACAAGCGGUGCAUUCAUCGGACUACGCGAUAGCACAGUUCAGAUUCCUGUCGCGCCUGUUGUUAGUCCACGGCUCGUGGUCUUUAUUCCUGUCGCGCCUGUUGUUAGUCCACGGCUCGUGGUCUUUGUCCCGAUUAUGCAAAUUAAUUCUCUACUCCUUCUACAAAAACAUUGCUCUCUAUAUACUGGAGCUCUGGUUUGCGUCGGUGUCUGCCUGGUCAGGACAGGCAGCCUUCGAGAGAUGGUCUCUCAGUCUUUAUAACGUCAUAUUCACAGCCGCACCGCCGAUGGUUAUCGGACUCUUUGACAGACAGUGUUCGGCCGAAACAAUGAUGAAAUACCCGGCGCUCUAUAAAACCCAUUCAGACCUCUUUAAUGUGAAGCUGUUCUGGACUUGGAUUUUGUCGGGGGUUUGGCACUCGUUGUUACUCUUUUGGUUAACCUAUUUCUCGGUUAAUAACGACACCCUUUGGCAACACGGGAGGGCUGACGGCGGGUAUUUGGUGUUCGGCAAUAUGUUAUUCACUUAUACUGUGAUCACCGUUUGUCUGAAAGCGGGUCUUGAGAUCAACGCGUGGACGUGGGUCACACACGCGGCCAUCUGGGGGUCGAUCGUCAUGUGGUUCGUGUAUCUCAUGAUCUACUCUCGCUUUUGGGGACUCUUUCACUUCGUGGGCGCCGACAUGUGUGGAAUCGAUCAAAUGAUCUUCUCGUCCGGCGUCUUCUGGUUCGGCAUCGGAAUCAUUCCAUUGAGUGCUCUACUCGUCGAUAUCUCCUAUAAGCUAAUAUCGCGCACCUGUUUCAAGACACUGACGGAUGAGAUCAUGGAAAUGGAGUUAGCGAACAGUCCGUCGCAACAGUCGAUGCUCUUAGAGACGGCGCGACUCUUCAAAAACGUGUUUCAUGUGAAACGUGACAAAUCCAAAGAUGUUCGCCGCCGACAUCGCCAGGAGGUGGAGCUCGACCUCCAACACGGGUACGCCUUCUCGCAGGAGGAACACGGAGCUGUCCCGCAGUCCACACUUAUCCGCGUCUACGACACCACGCGCUCCAAACCCUCCGGAAUAUAGCGUUCAAUGCCUUUAUGUCACAAGAAUUAUAUAUUUACGACAAAUCUGUU